AUGUCGGUUCUGUUAGGAGUAUUCCUCAUUUGCGUCCUUUAUGGAGUGAUUCGUCUGCUUAACCUGUGCAGUCCCUCCCUCUCUCCGGAACUUUAUUACAACCAGAAAUCACUGUUUGUCCGGAAUGUGUUAGAUUCCUGCUCACUACUUCGUGAACCCUACAUUCCAUCUCUAUUGUGGGGAAAAAAUGGACAUAUCCAAACUCUGGUGUGUGGUGUCCGCAGACGAAAUCAAAAUGUACAUGACCUCAAAGAGAGGAAAGAGCUGACCAUGGAGGAUGGUGCCACAGUGACCUUUGAUGUAUUUGAGCCAACUCGACCACACCCAAAAGGAGGAGACUACACUAUCCAAGUUUGCCCUGGCAUUGGUAGCAACAGUGAAAGUUGUUAUAUCACUUCAUUUGUAAGUCAUGCCCAAAGUGAAGGCUAUCGUGUUGUGAUACAGAAUCACCUGGGGACCUUGAAAGAUGUCAAAUUAACUUCACCUCGGGUUUUCAAUUAUGGAAGCACAGAAGAAUUUCACAAUAUUGCUCUAGAGUUACAGAGACUCUACCCUGGGACCAAAAUGUUUGCUGUGGGCUUCAGUAUGGGGGCUAAUAUUGUAUUGAAAUACUUAGGAGAGAGUCGAGAGAACCAAUCCAGAUUCCUUUGUGGUCUGUCUAUCUGUCAAGGCUAUGAUGCUAAUCUUGCUGUCCCUCACUAUUUUGACAGCCUGAGCAUAAGCAGCGCCUACCUCCUGUUGCUGACAACUCGCCAAAAAUCUAUACUUCGAGAACAUAAAGACAUACUUUUUAGCGAUGAAGCAAAGAACAAAUAUGGAGCACUGGAUGAAGACCGCAUCUUCAAGUCUCCCACACUUCUGGAAUUGGAUGAAUAUUAUAGUAGAAGAGUCGCUGGGUUUUCCAGUGUCCAAGAAUAUUAUCGAUGGUGCAGUUGUAUCCACUAUCUUGAUAAUAUAAAAAUUCCUUUACUGCUGCUGAAUUCUGCCGAUGAUCCUUUGGUUCCUGAAGACCUACUAAAGAUCCCCAAACAAUAUGCUUUGAACAAUGACAAAUGUUUAAUGGCUGUUACCACUCAUGGCGGACACCUUGGCUACCUUGAAGGCGGCGGCGUCUUCCCUAACCCAAUAUCUUGUGUGUAUGUGAUAUACAUGACUAACCUCACCACCACUUCUUUCUCCCUCCUUGUCUCUUUUCUUCCUACCUACAAGGGUGUGGAUACUUUAUCACAGUUGAAGUAA